AUAGUAGAGAGAUAGUGAAGAUAUUUCAGUGCUAAAUUAAUCCAACGUGUAUCAUGAGCAGCGCAAUGAAUGCAGUCCUUUUUCUGUUGUCCAUUUUUGUUUCUUCAGAAGCAGCUUUUACUUGGAGGGAUUGUGUUCCUUCCACUACUGCCCAUCCGUAUGUGACGUUUACAUCUGUGUCCGUGUCGCCGUCUCCUGUGGUGAUUCCUGGAAACAUCACAAUCGGUGUAAAAGGAUCAGUUCAUCAUAACUUUGGCAAAGAUGUUAGAAUGGUAGUUCACAUGGACAAAUAUCUCUUAGGGGUAUGGACAAAGGUUCCCUGUAACAGUAACGUAGGAUCUUGCAACUACGAUAACCCAUGUGAGUUUUUAUCUGCUUUUGCGACAUCAGGAACUUGUCCACCUCAACUUGAGGCACAUGGUCUCCCGUGUACGUGUCCAUUUAAUCCAACCGACAUCAAUCUACCCCCAUCUGUGUUCCAGAAGUGA